AUUUCCGUCUACGACGAGAUCGAGAUUGAAGACAUGACCUUCGACGAGGCCAUGCAAAUCUACACCUACCCGUGUCCCUGUGGCGACCGCUUCCAUAUCACCCUUGCCGACCUGCGCGACGAGGAGGAUAUUGCCGUCUGUCCCAGCUGCAGUCUCAUGAUCCGUGUCAUUUUUGACAAGGUGCUUUUU